AUGACUUUCUGCGAGCUCAAUCUCGCCGUCCGUGGCGAAAUGUAACAACGAUACCAUUUCUGCCGAUUUUAGGGUUCACAGUCACGUGGCAUACAAAGCGGCCAGAUUUCCGCGUCCCUCGAGAUAGGUCGACGUUCAACUUUUGUUCUCCUGCGUUGUCGCCAUCUCAAUCUUGCCAACAUGUAAGUGCUGGAAGACAUCUUGUUCUCCUUCUGAUACUGACGGUUGUACAGGGCGCCACUCGUAGAUCGAGCAGAGAUCAAAUCUGCGUCCCUGCACAAUCCACGCCCACUCGCUUUCCACACAUAUGUCUGGCCUUUCGCCGUGCUCUGGCCCGUAUUCUUCAGCUUCUACUUCUCGCAAGAAAGCUACGACAAGUACAUCAACGGCCAAGAAUGGACAUUCGUUUACGCCGGCAGCAUUUUCACCCUCCAGUCACUGUUAUGGCUUAUGACAUUCUGGGAUGUGAACAUAAGAGCUUGGUUUACAGCUACGCGGGCCAAGAACGUGGGCGAUGCUGGUUUGAUCAAGGUGAUGCCAGAUGCAAAUGCGGGAGUAAGUGAGAUCUGCGAAAUAAAGAGGGAGCGAGUUGCAGGACGGGACAAUACCAGCUUCCUCUUCCAAAAGAGACGAUUCUUGUAUGACGACCAGAAGGGAACCUUUGCGCCGCUUUCGUACAGUAUCGAUAACGAGCCCAAGCCGUCCAUCAAAGAAUUCCAGCAAUCGAAAGGGUUGGAGAAGGCCGCAGACAUCGAGAGGCUGAAGCAGUACUAUGGACCAAAUAUCUUCGACAUCCCGGUGCCAACUUUCACGGAGCUUUUCAAGGAACAUGCUGUUGCACCAUUUUUCGUCUUCCAGGUGUUCUGUGUCGGACUCUGGAUGCUGGAUGAGUACUGGUACUACUCGCUCUUCACGCUGUUUAUGCUGGUCGUCUUCGAAUCGACUGUCGUCUGGCAACGUCAGCGGACGCUUAAGGAAUUCCGAGGAAUGAGUAUCAAGCCAUACAAUGUCUGGGUAUACCGAGAGAAGAAAUGGACGGAGGUACAGAGUGAUGCGCUGCUCCCUGGAGAUCUCAUCUCGGUUGGAAGAACGAAGGAAGAUUCUGGCGUGGCUUGCGACAUGCUCCUAGUCGAAGGAAGCGCGAUUGUGAACGAGGCUAUGCUCUCCGGAGAGAGUACGCCGGUUCUGAAAGACUCUAUCCAACUGCGACCAGCCGAGGCAAGACUCGAACCGGAUGGACUGGACAAGAACGCGUUGCUUUGGGGUGGCACUAAAGUCCUUCAGGUGCAGCACGGCAAUGCUUCGGAGGAUGCACCAGAUACUGUUCCUCAAAUCGCUUCGGGAGUGCCUGGUGCUCCGGACAAAGGUGCUCUGGCGGUGGUACUGAAAACCGGGUUCGAAACCAACCAAGGUGCGCUCGUUCGCACGAUGAUCUACUCGACUGAGCGUGUCUCUGCCAACAACGUGGAAGCUCUGCUCUUCAUUCUCUUCCUGUGUGUAUUCGCUAUUGCAGCGUCAUGGUACGUAUGGGUUGAGGGUGUCAAGCAGGAUCGAAAGAGGUCGAAGUUGCUCCUAGAUUGCGUUCUCAUCAUUACCUCUGUCGUUCCACCAGAGCUGCCCAUGGAGCUGAGCUUGGCCGUAAACACGAGUUUGGCGGCUCUCAGCAAAUAUGCUAUCUUCUGUACAGAGCCAUUCCGAAUUCCAUUUGCAGGUCGUGUGGACGUGGCAUGUUUCGACAAGACUGGGACGCUCACUGGCGAGGACCUCGUGGUCGAUGGCAUUGCGGGACUCUUCCUAGGCCGGGACGAUGUUCCAAAGGAAGCGGACGGUGCCCAGAGCCUCCUCACCAGAGUCACAGACACAGGGCUUGAGACCACACUCACACUUGCUACCGCACAUGCGCUCGUCAAGCUUGAAGAAGGUGACGUGGUUGGAGAGCCCAUGGAGAAGGCCACUCUAGAGUCUCUCGGCUGGACUCUGGGCAAGAAUGACACGCUAUCGCCGAAGACUGGAGGCGGCAACACGGUUCAAAUUAAGCGCCGCUUCCAAUUCUCCUCUGUGUUGAAGAGGCAGAGCUCCAUCGCCACGGCAAUUACUACCGACCACCAAACUGGGAGAAAGACCAAGGGCACCUUCGUUGGCGUCAAGGGAGCGCCGGAGACAAUUCGCAAGAUGCUCGUCAAUGUUCCUCCCAAGUACGAGGAGACUUUUAAGUACUUCAGCCGGAACGGAGCCCGUGUGCUGGCAUUGGCCUACAAGUACAUGUCCACCAACGAUGAGAUCUCGCAAAAGAAGGUUAACGACCUCAAACGCGAGGAUGUCGAGCGUGAUCUUCAUUUCGCUGGGUUUCUAAUUCUACAGUGCCCUCUUAAAGAUGAUGCCAUUAAGGCUGUGCGCAUGUUGAACGAGAGCAGUCAUCGCGUUGUCAUGAUCACUGGCGACAACCCACUCACGGCUGUUCACGUUGCUCGCCAAGUCGAGAUUGUGGACCGCGACGUCCUUAUCCUUGAUGCACCUGAGAACGAUGACAGCGGCGAAAAGCUGGUGUGGAGAAGUGUUGAUGAUAAGAUCAACAUUCCCGUGGAUCCAACCAAGGAUCUCGAUCCAGAAAUCAUCAAAAACAAGGAUUUGUGCGUAACAGGAUACGGCUUGGCAAAGUUCAGAGACCAACGGGCAUUCCAUUCGCUGGUGCGGCACGCCUGGGUGUACGCACGCGUUUCACCAAAGCAGAAGGAGGAGAUUCUUUUGGGCUUGAAGGAGCAAGGCUACACCACGCUCAUGGCUGGAGACGGCACCAACGACGUGGGCGCUUUGAAGCAAGCUCAUGUUGGAGUUGCUCUUCUCAAUGGAACCAAGGAGGAUAUGGACAAGAUUGCCAAGCAUUUCCGCGAGACCAAGAUGAAGGAGAUCUACGAGAAACAGAAAGCUAUGAUGCAGCGCUUCAACCAACCAGAGCCGCCCGUCCCGGCGCACAUCGCUCACCUCUAUCCUCCUGGACCGACAAAUCCGCAUUACGACAAGGCUGUGGAGCGGGAGUCGUCGGCCAAGGCUCAACUUGCAGCUCAAAAAGAGCACGAGCAGAACAGCAGUGCCAACGGCACCGUCAGCAAAUAUACGCCUCCGCCUCAGCCAGCGCAGCGGGCUCCCGAAACGCUAUCGCCACAGGAGCAAAAGAAGCAGAAGGCUCAAAACGCUGCCAGUGCGAUGGCAGAGAAGCUGUCUAUGUCCAUGCUUGAGGACGAACUGAACGCUGACGAGCCACCCACCAUCAAAUUGGGGGAUGCUUCGAUUGCAGCGCCUUUUACGAGCAAACUCGCAAACGUCGUCGCCAUUCCUAACAUUAUCCGGCAAGGACGUUGCACACUGGUCGCGACCAUCCAGAUGUACAAGAUUCUGGCGCUAAAUUGCCUGAUCAGCGCAUACAGCUUGAGUGUGCUGUACUUAGAAGGCAUCAAAUUUGGCGACGGACAGGUCACUAUUAGCGGAAUGCUCAUGAGUGUAUGCUUCUUGAGCAUUUCCCGCGCCAAGGUACGUCGUUUGAUUUCGUGAUACUGAUGAUCACGAUGGCUAAUGUUCUUGGCAGACUGUCGAGCAGCUCUCAAAGGAGCGUCCACAGAACAACAUCUGGAACUGGUACAUCAUCCCGUCUGUGCUUGGGCAAUUUGCCGUGCACAUCGCCACCCUCAUCUACAUCUCAGACUACGUUCACAAGUUCGAAGAAAGAACACCUCGCAGCAAGAUAGACUUAGAGCAGAAGUUUGAGCCAUCGCUUCUCAAUUCCGCAAUCUACCUCUUGCAACUCAUCCAACAGAUUUCGACUUUCGCCAUCAACUACCAAGGUCGACCGUUCCGCGAGUCGAUCAAGGAGAACAGGGGCAUGUACUGGGGCAUCGUACUCGUCACAGCAGUUGCUUUCUCCUGCGCAACCGAAUUUGUUCCGGAGAUCAAUGAGAAACUGCAGCUGGUGCCCUUUGCCACUGAGUUCAAGGUCACUCUCUGCUUGAUGAUGGUUCUGGAUUAUGUUGGCUGCUGGUGCAUAGAGAAGUUGCUGAAGGUCCUCUUCAGCGAUUACAAGCCUAAGGACAUUGCAGUGCGCAGACCAGACCAGCUUGAACGGGAACAGAAACGCCUGCAGGCCGAAAAGGAGAAAGUUGACCGGGAGAAGGAGAUCGCCGCGGGCAAGGCUUGA